AUGGAUGUGGCGGCAGGAAGCAAGGGGUCACCCGACACUAGUCCCAAACUACCUGUGGAAGAACAAGUCUUUCACGAGCAUAUGUGCUCUGACUAUCCUUACGUGGGCUGUGGUCAAUGGAAUGGAGUUAUUCAGCAGUUUAAAGUGCAGGAGGUCUCUGCCCUACAAGCGUCGCUUCGCAUCCUGCCUGCACUGGUAGUGGGCAUAACCCUUAAUCUCGUCACUGGCUAUAUCGUUGACCGUGCACCAGCGUUCUGGCUUCUACUGGUUGCAAUGACUAUAACAGCAGUGGCGCCUCUACUGAUGGCUCUUAUCAGUCCACAACUCUCUUACUGGAGAGGAGCUUUUUUCGCACAACUACUUAUGCCUAUUAGUGGUGAUGUCCUCUUCACUAUUGGUCUCAUUGUCAUCAGUGAGGUGUUCCCAGAGAAGACACAGGCGUUGGCUGGGGCUGUAUUUAAUACUGUUGCCUUUUUCGGGUUGAGUCUCGGCCUCAAUCUGAUGCAAGUCGUCUCUACCUCGGUCACCGAGGGCACACAGUAUCGCGAUAAGUCAUCGCCGUUAGCACUACUGCAAGGGUAUCGAGCCUCCUUUUGGGCAAUGUUCGCGGCGACGGUGACUUGUGCUGUGAUAUGCGUACUAGGACUGCGUAACAUCGGAAAGAUUGGGCUGAAACGAGAAUAG